CGAAAUAUGACGUCUUUGUAUUUUAAUCUGUCAUUUGUCUGUCAAAAAUUAAGCUAUCAAAUAAUAAGUCGAGGCUGUUUGUCAAUAAGAUGAAGCUCAUAAAAUAACAAGAAAAGCGUUAAAAAUGGAUUGGAUUAAAAGUUAUAAUUUUUUGCCUAGAAAUGCGAGGGCUAUAGGAAGUUCUGAAGAAAAUAGAGGGGCAGAAUGUGAUCCUCAAGCUUGUUAUGAUAGUUUUAAACAACAUUGGCAGCAAGCUUUAAAAAUAAUACAUAGGGCACAACAUAUACCAACUCACGAUGAUGUACUAGGAGUUGUAAAUCAUUUAGAACAAAUGGCGACUUUAUUAUUGUAUGAUAUAAAAAAACAGGAUGGAAAUAUAUGUGCGACACCUAUCUCAUCUAAAUGUCUAGAAUAUUUAUUAAAAGAAAACAUAUUGCAUAAAAUAUUUGAAUGGAGUAACAAAUCUGGAAAAUACACCAAUGCAGUAAGAUGUGAACAAUUAAAAUUAUUUGACAUGCUUAUAACGCAAUCUAGACACGUUCUUCUAGUCCAUGAACCAUUUUAUAGCCCCCUUAUUAAGUUACUAAACUCUUGCCUAGGACAAGUUUUUUCCAAAGAAAUCGAAAAACUAUUAGUCGACUUGCUGAACCAAUUAAGUGCUCUUCUAAUGCAACAUCCAGACUUUAUCGACCUAUUUUUUUAUAGUGCUGACCAAAAAUCCCAAAGGUUUAUUAUUUUUGCGUUAUUAAUGCCUUUUGUACACAGAGAAGACUCAAUAGGCAUGCGCGCGAGAGAUGCCCUAUUGCUGUGCAUGUCGCUAUCAAAGAAAAACAAAUCAGUGGCGUUGUACAUAGCGGAUCACUCAAAUUUUUCGGUUCUAGUAGCCUCAGGUUUAAGUGGUUUAUACUCGGUUCUACCAAAUAUAAUAGACGACAUUCUUGUACCUGACUGGCAUAGAUUUACGCCUGACGAUGUGAAUGAAAUAAAAGGUUUAUUGACUUUUGUGACGUCUUUGGAGUUCAGUAACGCUGUUGCGCAGGUCGCGCAUCCAAUUAUAAGAAAACAACUGCAGGAGUUUUUGUAUAGAGGGUUUUUGAUACCCGUACUGGGUCCGGCUUUGUUGCAGGCCAGCGAGCAGGAGCAAGUGGCGCCUUCCGCUUAUCUGGAGUUGAUUUUGCGGACGUUGACGGAGCCUGGUUUGCUGCACUCUCUACUGCAAUUCUUACUAAAGAUGGAUUACGAUGGGGAGAGAUUGUUGAAUAUUUUAAUUCAGCGGGUCAGUUCGAACCACAGUCAAUUAUCGUUGGUAUCGUUGGCGGUUUUCGAGUCUUUGGUGGACCUAAACUGCGAGGAUAUUAUGUUGGAGUUGGUGUUCAAGUUUUUACAGCCCUGUUUACACCUAAUGCUGUCGCAAAGACACAUUUUGUUACCCUUAGACCCGUUAUGUCAAAGUUUCGAGAAAUUGCUUGGCUUAGCGCCGAAGUGCUGCGAGGUUUUGCUGCCGUUGGAGCCCUCUGAAAAUCAGGUUACGCACAGCAAAAGUCGGCAGACUUUGUACGGCAAAUACUACGCGUAUUUGUGCGACGCAAGGAGCAAAAUAACCCGCUGUCAAAUGGCAUGUUUGCUGUGGAACAACGCCUACACAGGUUCGGAGGAAAGCGACUACCAGGACGACUUCACCAACGAGCCGCUCUCCUUGGAAAAAAGCAGCGGCUACGAAAGCCUUAACUUCAUAUCCGACGAGUCCAAGGAAAUCUGGCAAGUGUCGUCGAACAAAACUUACCAGAAGUCCGAUAGGGCCGCAUCCUUGGACAACAACAACGAACAAUUCAACUCGUCGGGAAGUGCAGGACCCUUUCUUACGGUCCUCAUGGAAAAACUGAAGAACUACCUCACCAACUCCUUCUACGUCAAUCUUCAUCUAACCGGAUUAAUAUCUAGACUGGCCGCUUAUCCACAGCCACUUCUAAGGGCCUAUCUCUUGGAUCACAGUCUAGUUCUACAACCAAAUGUGCCAUCUCUAUUUGAAAUUAUUGGCUUAUUGAAGCAACAAAUCGACGAGUACAUGACUCAUCAGCAAGACUACGCGUUGUUGAUAAAAUACAGCAAGGAAUGUCUCAUUGAGCGAGAAAUAAUGUUGGUGAAUGUAAGACGAAUUCACACGGACGCGCAAACGAUAAAAACCGAGGCGCCUUUACAGGAGAUCAACCAUAAUUCGAACUCCACCACUUUUCAUCGAAAUGGACCCAAAAGAAGAAGUCUAAACAUGCCCUCGAUUACAAGUAUGUUUGGACGUAGGCCGAGCCAUGUAGAAAGCACUUCUUUGGUUACCACGCCAGAGAGUUUUAACAGUAAUUUCCAUUUGGUUUACCCCAAAUUUAAUGAAGGCCAAAAAGUCGCUCUAUAUGCCAUACUAUUGGACGAGUGGGUGAAAGAAUUAGCCGCUCUUGCUCAAGAACACACUAUAGCUCAAAUUGCUAAUUUACUAAAAUAAAUUUGUUUGUUUUUACAAUUUUUUAUAGUGCAAAUUUAAUUCAAAGAAAUUACCAACUUUGAAUUUAAUCUGAAAUUGGUUGCCAUUAAAUUAUGCACAGGGUUUAAAAUAAGGAAUAAUCCAUCCAAUACUAUUUAUGUAUGUAUGUAUUACAUUUUUUGCAAUAUUAUUUUUAUAUUAUAACUAUUUUUAUAUAUGUAUUAAGACAUCGACCCUGUCAACUCAUUUAUUUAUUGUAUAUUUCUAUGUAUAAAGCCAGUCCUAAUCUAAAUUAGUUAACAAUUGUAUAUAUGUAUGUUUAAUUAAUUGCAGUGUAAUAUUUUAUCAGUGAUUCAUUUUAUAUAUGUAUUUAUUGUUUUAAUAAAAGUGUUAUUAAUUAA